GGAAGAAGAAGAAGAAGCUGCAGCAGCGGCAUAUUUAUAAUAACACCACCGGGAUAGUGGGAGCAGAAAGAGUUGAUCCUUAGCAGCAGCUACUCUGAUAAACUCCGAACUAUUCAACACACGAAGAAGAAGGAGCCUGUAAGACUGAACUCAGGACAAAUUUACCCGCUUAUCAGCUGAUUUCUGCGAGAAAGCCACCAAGAAGGAGAAGGGGAACCGCCGGGUGUUCAGAGUCCCAGGUGAAGGUCACAAGAAGGACGUCAGGCUUUGUCUGAAGCAGCUGGACCAGGUAAACCAGCAGAGGUCCAAUCUGGACCUGCUGGCCUGACUCUGGAUGUGUCUCUGUGCUCCUGCUGCUCAGGGAGCCUCGGCUGGAUGCUGGAGCAGCAGGCCGACCGGGUCAUGGAGCUGUCGGAGUGGAGCCAGCGCUGGCAGGAGGACAAGAUCGGCUUCCAUCAGCCGGAGGUCCACAGCAUGCUGAAGAUGAACUACGAGGCGGUGGUGAACGGACGGGGCGGCGUCCGGUGGUUCUUCCCUCUGUGUGGGAAAGCUGUGGACAUGAAGUGGUUGGCGGAUCUGGGUCACUCGGUGGUCGGCGUGGAGAUUUCAGAGAUGGCCAUCAGACAGUUCUUCCAGGAGAACAACAUGACGUUCAGCGAGGAGGACGUCCCCGCCGUCCCUGGAGCCAAAGUCUUCCAGAACUCGGAGGGGACCGUGUCCCUGUACCAGUGCGACCUGUUCAGCUUCUCCAGCGCCGUGGCGGGUCAGUUCGGGGCGAUCUGGGACAGAGGCUCUCUGGUGGCCAUCAACCCCCGGGACAGGGACCGGUACGCGGCUCUGAUCGUCUCCCUGAUGGCUCCAGACUGCAGAUACCUGCUGGACACGCUGCUCUACAAUCCAGAGCUCUAUAAAGGUCCUCCGUUCUUCGUCCCGGAUGAACAGGUCCAGAGUUUGUUUGGCAGCAGAUGUGACGUGAAGCUGCUGCAGUCCGUGGACGCAAUGACAGACCGACAGAGGGCCUGGGGUCUGGACGCUCUGACGGAAAACGUCCACCUCCUCACCCUGAAGGCGGCCAACUGACGCCCGACCCGGUCCGACCCGGUCCACUGACCUGCUGCGGUUCUCCCGUCAGCCGCUAAAUAAAGCUGCUUUUUAAACAGA